UUUCAGAAAAUGUGCCAGUCGACGAACUAAUAGAACAAAGAAUGGUAAAUAAAUUGGAAUGCCAUCUGCUCAACAACACCAAUCUACGCUAAAAAACGGUGGUCGCCGACAGAAAAAAGGACAGGGUCGCGAGUCAUCAGGGUAUCACCACGCAGCUGUCGUCGAAGUUGGAGCCAUGGUGCUCCAGAAUAUGUUCAGUGCGCUCUCCUUCCUGCACUACCGGAAGGACGACGAUUUUGUGGACAGGCUCUCCUACUUUUACACAUCAUCGUUUCUUAUUAUGAUGGCAGUGCUUGUUAGUUUCAAACAAUUUGGUGGUCGACCUCUGGAAUGUUGGGUGCCUGCACAGUUUACAGCCAGUUGGGAGGCAUACACAGAAAUGUACUGUUGGGCACAGAACACCUACUGGGUGCCCAUUGAUCAAGAUAUUCCAGUAGAUAUCAGUGAAAGGGAAUAUCGACAAAUAUCAUAUUAUCAAUGGGUGCCGUUUUUUCUAUUACUCCAAGCAUUUCUCUAUUACAUUCCAUGUCUAAUGUGGAGGCUUAUGAGCGAUAAAUCCGGUAUUCGACUGAAUGACAUAGUUCAAAUGGCCACAGAGAAAGAAAACAUAGAGCCAGAUUAUCGGAUAAGAACGAUUGAGAGCCUAUCAAGACAUAUUGAAUCCGCAUUGAGGUAUCAACAUACGGCAACGUCACGGACACAAUACACGUUGCAUCGAGUAUUCAAGUGCUUCAAUAUGAGGUACUACGAGAGUUAUGUCACUGGAAUGUAUUUGGCGACAAAAAUAAUGUACGUGGGCAAUAUCCUCACCAACUUGGUUCUCGUCAACAAGUUUCUCGAAACCGACGAAUAUUCAAUAUAUGGACUUGGAGUGCUACGAGACUUGCUUUUUGGAAGAACUUGGAUCGAGUCUGGCAACUUUCCUCGAGUUACACUGUGCGAUUUUGAAGUUCGUGUACUUGGAAAUAAUCAACGACAUUCUGUACAAUGUGUUCUGGUCAUAAAUAUUUUCAACGAGAAGAUUUUCAUUUUAAUCUGGCUGUGGUUCACUCUUUUAUUUGUCGCAUCGACAUUAGACAUGCUCUAUUGGUUUAGUAUAUCAAUGUUUCAUAGGGAUCGCUUUCGUUUUGUGCUCCGUCAUCUUGAGCUCACAUCGGACCCUGAUAAGCCAGAGUUAUUUAGGAAAGAGAAGCGAAAACAAGUUGAACAUUUUCUCAGGACAUAUUUAAAGGUCGACGGCGUUCUUGUCCUCCGAAUGAUUGCUCUUCAUGCUGGCGUAAUGUUCUGUACAGAAAUUACGGAUGCAUUAUGGAAACGAUAUUUAAGUCAACACCCAGAAAAUCUAAUUGACGAUGAUUCGUCAUUGAUCACAUUUGCUAGAGCACAAUCAAUUCGACGAAAACGAAAUGAUAGUUCAAAUUCUGAUGGCCAGAAUCAUCAACGACUCGGACGAAUUUUGUCGCAUAGAAGUACUGGUGGAAGCUUCCGAUUAAAUAGGACACAAUCAACUAAUCGAAGUUUGAACACAGAAAACAAAACUGGCGCUGCAACCGGAUCAAAUGCAGCUGCAUCACCAAAUACACCACCACCAGUUCCAAAAAGUGCUUGCAGUUCUCGAUUUGGAAAAGUGAAACCACGUCGAACAGUCGUCACAAUCAAUUCCCAACAAAACGACGCUCGAACAAGUCCCGAUCCAAUUCAAGAAAUGAGUCGUAUGGAAAAUGUACCUUUAGCAGUAUAGCUUUAAUUUUAAUUCUAAUUAUUCCACUUUUUCCUCAAACAAUUUCACUGAAUUCCUCAUGCACACAUCUUCUUCUAAAUCACGGGUUUUGAAUUUCCCCAAUGUAUUCAUAUUGUCACGAGUCAAUCCCUUCGAUUUCUUUCAUAAUUUCACACCACUUUUUGAACCAAAUGAUUUUCUUCAAAACCAAAAAUCACAGCAUUAUUCAAUUAUGCCAGUUCUCUUCUAGAUUUGUGUAUUUCUCAUUAAAAAAAGCCGUUUACAUCAAUUGUUUUUUAUUAAAUUUACAUUUUAAAAUUUGCUCAAAUAUGAAUUUAUUGGAAUUAUCA